CCCGUUCCUUGUUCCGUUCGUACGAAUAGUCCGUCGCGAAAAAUUGAAAAGGAAACGAAUUUGAAACAGUAUGACAAAUAUACCCGAACAACAUGAGAUCGGUCAGAAUUAUUGCUUCAGAUGGAACGAUUAUCAGAAUCAUCUGUCUGAUGUGGUACAACAGCUCUUGGAGGAGGAUUGUAUGGUGGACGUCACCAUAUACGCAGCUGGCUACCGUGUUCAUGCGCAUCGCAUCGUGUUAUGCGCCUGCAGCACUUUGCUUCAAGAGAUCUUUAGCCAAGUGACGGACGAUCAUCCGACUAUCAUUUUGAGUGAUGUAUCUCCUCAGGAUUUAAAAUCAAUUAUUGAAUUUGCAUACCAUGGGGAGAUCCGAAUUCCUGUAGAAAAUAUCAGUAGUUUGCUCGACGCCGCACGGUCAUUAAAAAUAAGCGGCCUCAUCGAAAUUGAAGGACUCGAUGAAAACGAAGAUGCUGCGAACGCAGAGAACAGUGGUGUUGAUGAGCAUAUAACUGAAAUGGAAGAAAAUGCAGUUGCUUCUUUGGAGAAAGACUUGCAAGACCAACAGGAAAAAGCUACUGCUAAGAAUAAUACUUCAAAGAAAAAAGGACGCCGUCGUGAAUUCUUCAGGAAAGAGUACAGUGAUAUCAUGUUGACAUCUGCAAUUGAUGACUUAAAAUCGGGACAAACGUUAGUAGAAGCUGCUACUAAAAACAAAGUACCACGUUCAACAUUGUACAUGCGGGCAAAAUCAUUAGGUAUCCAUUUAAGUGGGAGAAAUGAGUAUCCUGCAGAAAAUAUGAAAGCAGCAAUAACUGCUGUGAAGAAUGGUUCAAGUUUGCAGCAUGCAUCAGAUUUGUACAAAAUACCCAAAACUGUGUUGUGGAGGCGUAUGCAGAAAGAGGGUCAUCCAGUCUUGCGUGCUGAAACUAGGAGAUCAUAUGGUUUGGACAAGAGAGAGGCUGCUGUGAAGGCCUUAGAAAGAGGGGAGAAUCUGUCGAAAGUUGCAUCAAAAUUCAAAAUACCAAAGACUACAUUAUUCAGGGAUAAGACACGAUUAGUAGACCAGGGCAAAUUACCAUUGUCAUUUUGGAAGAAACGCAAGAUUGAGAAUGAGGAACUGAAAAAAUCGCGAUUAGAAGAAGCAGUAGCCGCUUGUAAGGGCGGUAGGAUGUCGCAAGCUGUUGCAUCCAUGACUUAUCAUAUUCCAAAAACAACAAUAUGGCGAAAGCUUCAACAGGAUGGAAAGAAAACUGAGAAAGUAUCGAAAGUAAAGAAUGAACGGCUCAAUACAUCGCAACAAGAUUCUGAGAUAAAAACGGAGGAAAAUUCCAAUUAUAGUUAUUGUGAGGUUUCAUCGGAAAUUCCCAUCGCUUACAUAGACGAGGAAAAUAUACCAGAAGAUUCCGUGAUAAUUUUAACGACGGAGGAAAUAGAUGAACUGAAUUUGGAAGAAGGCAGACAAAUUAUUGUAAAUCCGGAAACUGGACAGGGCUACAUUCCGUGCUCAAUAAGUGUCGACGGAAGCGCAAACUACUCACAAGCUGAGAGUUAACGUUACAAAUACAGUUACAAUAAGUUACAAAUACAGAUAAUAGAAUUUCAAACCAAUUAACAUUGCGCAUUCGGUUGCAGUAUUGUUUUUACAUAUUUUUACAAGUUGUCAUCGUCAGAAUGGUCACAGCUGUUUUGCAACCGAGAAUAUAAAUAGUUGUUACUAUAUUCUCAAAAAAAAAGGGAUUAUAACUUUUAUGAGAUUUCGCGACCGCGCUCGCGGGGAUCGUUUUAUAUUUAUAUUUUAUGUAUUUUUUUUCGUUAAAAGCGAAAAUGAUUAGUAUAACCGCUAGAUUUAAGGAAAAAAAAGAAAUAUAUAUAUAUAU